GUCAUUCUAAUAAGUUUUUGCAAAUGGGGAGAUAUCCCUGCUGCAAAGAGAGUUCUGCAGAGUUGAAGAAGGGGCCAUGGUCAACAGAAGAGGAUAAAAAGCUCGCAGAUUAUAUUCAUGAAAAUGGGAUUGGGAACUGGCAACUGGUUCCCAAACGGGCCGGGUUAAACCGCUGCGGAAAGAGCUGUAGAUUGCGAUGGACCAAUUAUCUGAGGCCUGAUAUUAAGAGGGGAAGUUUUUCUGAGGCAGAAGAGAAUAUGAUCAUUCAACUCCACAAACAACUUGGAAAUAGGUGGUCAAAGAUUGCAGCUAAACUUCCAGCUGGAAGGACAGACAAUGAAGUGAAGAAUUAUUUCAACACACAUAUAAAGAAAAAGCUUAUGAGAAUGGGAAUCGAUCCAAUCACUCAUAAACCAUUACCUAAUCUCAAUCAUCUUCUCAAUAAUCUUCCCCAUAAUUAUUAUAAUUCCUUCAAUAAUAAUAAUCCAAUUAUCAGUCCAUUAGAGUCUAUUCUCAGGUUGCAAGCAAAUCUCACUCAAAUGGCCAAUGCACAACUCCUCCAAAACAUUGCCCAAAUCCUAAACAACAACAACAUCCCUUUACCCUUAGUACAAAACAACAUUAAUAAUGUUCCAUUGUUGUUGAACAACAAUAAUGUCACAACUUUCGACAACUUUAACGUUGGAUCAAACGAAUCUCCCCUCUUUGAUCACCCCUUGUCCACCACCCCGAACUCAUACACUAUCGAAUCAGUGCUCGAUCAGCCCUCUCCCAUGUCAAACUCCUUUGGAUUCGUGCCGGGCAACGACGAUUUGGUCCCUAGGGUUUUAACGAGCAAUAUCUCAUCGCUCCCACCGCUUGUCUCGGCAACGCCAGAGACGUCUAUCUCCGACCAAAUGUUCCCAAUGGGUGCGAUGCAAUGUGGUAGUGGUGGUGGUGACGACGAUGACUUUAGUGCAUGGGAGAAAGUUUUUUGUGACGAAGGAAAUAGUUCUUUGUUGGAAAGCAUAUUUCAGUGAUUGUUUUUGCAUGCUACUAUUUAAUUAGUUCUUGAAUGUAUACAUACACUGUAGAGAUAAUGUUUAUGCAUACAUAUGAUGUAUAAAUAUAGUAUGUAUGUCUGUGU